AUGCAUUAGCAAUAAAUUGUAUUGUCAUAUUUUGCAUAAUUGAGAUUGUAAAUUAGUGAUGCAUUACAUAUCAACACUGAAAAAUAUUUCAAAAAGCAGGCAUCGGAAUCAGAGUUAGUCUUAAUUUCAAGAUUGACAGGAAAAAUAAAUAAAAGGAAUACAGAAUAAUAAAGGACAAUAGUCAUCUCUAGUGAAAAUAUCUAUAAUAUCGAUAAGAAAUCAAUUAAAAGAAAGAUUUCAAUUCAUAAAAUAUUUGGGGUGACAGUUUCUAGGUCAAGUUAUGAAUUUGUUUUACAUGUUCCUUAGGAAAGUGAUUAUCGUUUCAAAUCACAAGAAUAUAGAGAUAUCAUUCUCUAUUACUUAUCUAUUGUCCUUAAAUUAAAUAACAAAGAUGGCCUAAGGCUCUAUAUGGUAGAUAAUGAAGAAUUGGAUCAAUUUUGCUUGCAUGAUGCAACAGCUGAUUGCAAAAAAUAAAUUGCACUUCAUCCAAAAACAAAAUUACUUUUAUUGUAUCCUGAGAAUUUUCAAUUGUAAUACAUAAAUUUGAUGUUUGCUCAAAAUAAAAAUGUCAAAAAUUAAUAUAUCAGCAUCCUAUAUGUUCAUGAUCCUCUGAACUUAAGGAUAAGAUUGGAUGAUUAUUCAAAACUCGCUACUAUUGCUUAAGGUUCCUUUAGUAAAGUGCUCUUAAUAAACUAAAAAAUUGAGAAGCAGUCACAACUCUUAGUUCUCAAAACUAUUUAAUCUUACAAUAUCGAUAUUAAUAUAUUGCAAUUUCACUUAGAAAAUUAUGCUUAAUCUCAGUAUACGGAGCAGUUAGAACUGUGCUUAAGAUAGCAGGAUUAAAUUCAUUUUUUUUUCAAAUUUGUAAAAGGCGGAGACUUAUACACUCAUCUUUAAGAAGUAAAUUAUUUUUCAGAAAUUGAAGCUAAAUACAUUAUUGCAUAAAUAGCUUUAGGAUUAUCCUAUCUACAUGAAAGCGGAACUAUAUAUGGAGAUCUAAAACCAGAAAAUGUAUUGAUCGAUGAAAAUGGAUACAUUUAAUUGACAGAUUUUGGAUUCGGCAGAUUGAGAGUCUAUCAAGAAUUUAAAAAAGUUUAGACUAUUAAUUUUACUGUUGAAUAUGCUGCUCCAGAAUACCUCUUGCAAGGAGAUUUAACUAGAAUGUCUGAUUGGUACAGUUUAGGAAUUUUACUUUAUGAAUUGGUGAUUGGAAUUUCUCCAUUUUAUCACCAUAAUCAUGAGAUUGCAAUUAAGAUGAUUUGCAAAGGAGAUUUGUAUUUUCCCAAGACCCCUGCUAUAACUUAUGAAUGCAAGGAUUUUAUAACGAAAUUGCUUCAGAAGGAUAGCUAAAGUCGUAUAGGAUUUGAGCAUGACUUCAAAGAGAUCUAAUCUCAUAAAUGGUUCUAAGGAUUAAACUGGUAAGAACUUUCAGAAAAGAAAAAAUCGUUACCGUACAUCCCAAAAAUUAAUGAAGAAGAUACUGUACCAUAGUAAUAUUUUAGAUUUGAGAAAUUAACUGAUGAAGAAAAGGGUUGGUGA